UGGCCGGGAUGUUCCUGUCGCUUACCACCUUGGUAUUAUCUAUACAUUGCAAUGCUGGUUGGGGGCCCAAAAUUAUUAAUGUCUUUCUCUUAUGAAGAAGAAGCAAAAGGAAAAAACAAAACUCUGCAGCCAGACUCCAGUAUUCAUCCUGCUUCCAUCUUGCGUCAGGAACCCCAGACCCCGAAAACCAAAAACCUAAACGCUUUCUUCCGCUCUACGGCUCAGCGGCCUCCUUACUUAGCCCGUAGCAGUGCCAUGGUACCGCAGUGGCAAAAGCGCAAGAAACCCCUCUUCUUACUCCUCCUCUUGUUCCUCCUCGCACAAAGAAAUCGUUGCACGGAAAGUUAGGAUACCUCAAGACCCUCUGUCCUACAGUAUAUACCGCCCGCCAUACGUUGUCCCGACCUCCCCGUGACAUCCUUUCCGGAGUCGUACCUAAAUCCGUGUAUCCCGCCAGGAAAAGGGGGGGAGAUAAAGCGGUUUUACGGAACGUAUAAAUGUUCACGUCGAUAGCAAACGAUGAUU